CAACCUGUAGUACAAGGUAUCGAGCGAUAUAAAAAUCUGACAAAGUUGCCAUAGUACCAUGGGACUAUCAUAGUGUAGAAAUGGUAGAAUUUGGUUCGGUAGAUCCGGCUGCACUGAUACUGGCGACUUUGGCCAUAGCAGUGUCCGCAGAACAGCUCGCAAGAGAUAGUUUCAACAGACAAAUCUUACAGCUUCGAAAAAUUACAGCUUAUCUCAUAACUUCUGACCAUGGCAGCAACUCUCAACGACAUCUCGAAACUCUCAGUGAUGCUCAAUUGUUAUUGGCAAUUGAGAAUGGACUUACUGCAGUUGAGUUCAUAUGCAAUGGAUCACAUCCGGCAUCCUGGGGGAUUUUACGAAAAUUUCCAAGUUCUGUUCUGAUGAGAAUGCAGGUAUGGUGCAUUCGAAGGAACUUCGGUAUAGGAGCUGUUAUUACUAGCAUAUGUGGCUGGUGGUUUGGAUAUCUAUUGUGGAUUUACUAUCAAAUUGUUAAAACGGCCGGAUGCUACGAGUGGAAGAAAGGAAGGUGGUGGCUGUGGAGUUCUGGAGGACAUCAUAGCUCAGGAUACUCUGGGAAGCAGUAUGAUAAAUGCAUCAAAAACUUACUCUUACAACUCGGAUGGGCAACGCCAAAAGACACUAUAUAUUGCAUUGAGUGGAUUGCUUGGCUGGGAUCAAGAGCAGAAUCUGAAUACACUGGACCGUGCACAGCAUCACAAAUUGCAUCUUGUCAGCAGGUAACCCUAGGAGCAGUUCUUUGCGAUGUAGCACUGUUACAUAAUAACCACGAUAUCGGAAAACGAAUAUUUGUUAUGAUCCACUUGGGCUACGUAGAGAUUGUUAAUGACGGCCAAGGCUUUGAAGUCAGGUUUCCAGAUGUGCUAUUGGGAUUCGGAAUUAAUCGAAUCAUUCAAUACUAUAGGGACUGUAGAACAAAAGACCAGAAGUUUUAUGACAUAUUAACAUCAGCAAUAUUUGGAGAAGUUGAAAUUCCACCAAACCUACCCUCAGUUUGGUGCGACUGGCACGAGCAUGACGGUGCAGAUAUAUGCAAUUGGAGAGGUCGACCGAUACUGAUACUCAGUGGCCAUGAGUUAAAGAUUAUGGCUAUAUCCGGAAACUUGAACCAAAAAAGAUGUCUGGUAGUAGACUGUAUUGAAAAUGUGCAAGACCUUUUAUCCAUCAAUGCUUCUAGUAUUGAUGCCGUUGUUGAAUAUGAUGGUGAUAUUGACAGCUGUGUCAACAGAAUUAUGAAUUCUUCUUUCAUUAUUUUCGUACAGAAGAAACAAACCCAAUUUAUUUGAACCAACUACAGCGUUGCUGCAAAUAUGAUCUCCU